AUGGGUGCGGCUCAAAGCGACCAUGCAAAUCUAAGUAAGAAGGAGCUCGUGAAUAGAAUCAAGACGCGGCUGACCACGGUUGACCCCAAAAAGGCUAAAGAAGUUGGAGGCGUAUUCUUGUUCAAUGUUAUUAAAGGGACUUCUGUAUACAGCUGGACCCUGGAUCUGAAUAAGGUCAGCGUAUACGAAGGUGAACCUGAGGAUGAUCCGGACACCACGUUCACGCUUAACGAGCACUACUUCAAGCAGCUCGUGAGCGGCAGAGAAGACCCAAGGGUCAUAAUGCAGGCCGGCCGAUGCUCCGUCACCGGCGACAUCAUGCGGGCGAUGAAACUUGAACCCUAUAUUAGGCUACAAAAUAUCUGA